AUGGAAACGGAGAAUCAAAAUGAAAGAAUAUAUUUACAGCUGUAUGAUUAUGAAACCAAGGAGUUCUCAGGACUGACAACGUAUCAUGGACUGGUCCGAAUUUACAAUUCUAACACAUGGCCAUCCCGAAUUUUCUGGUCCGUAGUUGUCCUGUCUUGUUUGUCGCUUUUCAUGAUUCAUAGUGGUUAUUUACUUCUGGGGUACCAUUCCAAACCCACACUAUUCCAAACUAACACUAUUGUACCCAUGACUGGUUUAUCCUUUCCCGAAGUCACAAUUUGUAAUUUGAAUCCAUUGGAUUUGUCAAAAGUGCGAGAAAUGAAUGCUUCGGACUCCAAUUUGGCCUAUAUUAUGAAAUACUUCAAUGAGAUAACGAAAUCUCGUAACUCUGCCAACUUGAUGGAGAAUCAGAAGUUUCAACAAUUCAUCGAAAGCUAUAAGGAAUCUAAAGGAACCGCAUUUGAUGUAAAUGGCUUUCUGCAGUCUGUCAGCAAGACUUGUGAGGAAACAUUCGUUUCCUGUAGUUUUGGAAGGGAGAAAUUGGAAAACUGCUGUCAACAUGUUACUACUGAAAUGACAGAAACUGGGAUAUGCUUUAGAUUAUCCAAUAAAAAUAAUGAAUAUCGACAGUGGUAUAGUGGAAAUGGAUUUGGGUGGGAGUUGACUCUGAAUGGAAAUAACGAAGAUCCCGAAAUCUAUCAAAACACACAAUAUGAUCCUGAACGAGGAUUCCUUAUAAUGGUUCACGAGUCCAACAAAUAUCCAAGAAUCAAUUCUUAUGGUGUAGCCGUGUCGCCGAAUUCUCAUCUACAUGCUGCCAUUGCAAUGAAAAAUAUUUCUCUACUAGACAAAGCCAACUGGGGUUCAUGCUCCAAAGGAUGGACUCGAAAUGACACUGUUGGGAUUCAAUACACCGCUAAUCACUGUGAAAUUGACUGUAAACUGCGAAAAGUUCAAACUGAAUGUGGAUGCUCACCGAUGGCUUAUUCCGCAAGAACCAUGUUCCAGAACUUCAAUUUUCCCAUAUGCACACCAUUGGAAAUUUCCACUUGUUUUCAACAACUUAGAGGAAAUGACAACCGUUGGGAUGAUGGAUGUAAUUGUCCGUCAGAGUGUAAUCUUUUAGAAUUUGACGUCACCAACAGCUACUCAGACUUGGAUAGUAGGAGCAGAGGGUUUACUGGUUUUCAAGUUCAAAAUGACAUUUCCCACGUGAGCCUUUACUUCUCGCGUGUGGCCUAUGAGAGAAUAGAACAGCAAAAACAAUUACAAACGGCCGAUUUGUUAUCCAACAUUGCAGGAAGUAUGGGACUAUUCCUCGGAAUGAGUACUGUCACCCUUCUCGAGAUCUUCAUUUAUCUUUUCAAAUCCGUCUGGGGAACUGUAAACUCCACUAGGCAACAACAAUUCGUUGAUGCGGUUGCUGAAGAAGAGAAAGAACGAGCACAGAGUAUCGUUAUUAUUCAAAAUGGAGGCAACGAUGAAGAUACAAAAAUGCCAAGAUUCCCCGCAUCGGAUCGAAAGAUGUCUGGAAACUCGAUUCAUAUUCAUCUAGACAGAAGAAACAGUCGCAUGUUAAGAGGAGGAGAUUUGUUCUCAGCUCCGCGUGGAUCUGUCAGCAUCCCAUCACAGCUGUUAUCUCCACUCUCCAAGCAUAGCAGAAAAUCCAUUAGUUAUGGUCAAUUGGGUCGUAAAGUGUCUACCAUUGGUCUUCCUCAACCUCAAACUUAUGAUAGUGUCGAAAGCGGAACCAUUCCACCUAAGCCUUUGAUACGAAGGUGCAGUACAUCUACAAAUCCAUCAAUGCUUACAAGAAAACUAAGCUUUGCCAGUCAACAGUCCGAUCCAGCGCAACCGGUGCAUCUGUCUCGAAAAGUUUCGACGUCUUCGAUUUUCAAGUCGCAACUUAUCUGA